GAUCGAAUGAGUAUUGCUUCUUUUGAAUAUUAGCUGAAAUAAGUCACCUCUGGACCGUUGUUUUGGUUGUUUUAACCCAACUUUCAACUCCAUAUUCGCGUUUUUUCCAUCGCCGUAAUUUUCCCAUCUUUCCGGUGUCGGUUGUUCCCACAUCCAAAUCUCCUACGCAACCCUCUCUGACACCCACCACCUCCAAUAACCACACCACCAACCAAACCCAUACCAACCUCCCAACGCAACGCCACGCUUUGCGCAACUCGAUUCUUUCUCCACUCCCUUUUAAUUCUUCACGACGAGCUUGUCGGUGACCUGGCAGCUUUCUGUGUAUUUUUACCAGCUCCCUUGUUAUCACAAUGCCCACGCCACUCCCUUCGAGUUUUGCUUCCGCCGCUGCUGGCAACGUCCACGACCCUAACAAACGAGGCGAUGGAACUGCUGCUAGUGAAUGGUCUCGGACUCGCAUGAAUGGAGCAACACAAACUUUCCGCCGUCCUUCAGUUGCUACAAACCCUUCUCAUAACCGGGAUACCAGUCAAACCACCACUUCCGCAUCGACCCCAGCUGUUGGAGCUUACAUUCCUCCACACAUGUCGAAUCCACAAUCCAGUGGGCUACGCAAUGGAACGGCCACUGGCGAGGCUCGCUACUCCAAAGAGCAACUUCUCGACCUCUACAAAACCCAACGGGAAUCUGGUUCUUUGGCAAAGAAUGUGACAGACUAUUUCGUGGCCGACUGGGAUCCCCAUGUAGAGACACCCAGUGUGAACGGGGUUUGGGGAAAACGGGAGGACCAGAAGGACCCUCCGAGCGGGCCCGAGGUAUGUUGGGAUCAUGGUGGACAGAUCGAACCGUUGGCGUUAAUGAAUAUGACGGAUGAGGAGAAAGAGUUAUUCUCCGCGUCGGUCAAUUCUCCCUUGAAGCCUCCGCCGUCGAAUGCCCAGAAAGAUAACCAGGCUGCCGGUACGGGUGGACGCAAAUCGUCGGUUUCCUACACCCAAAACUUCAACACCUCUUCUCCGGGUUCUGCUCGGCCAGGUCCUAGGCGAAGGGAGACCGGUGAUUCUGUCGGUAAUCCAAUGUCCCCCACGCCUGGUGGUUCGCGCUUUUUCCGUGACGAGACCAACACCUCGACCCCGCCACCCUCUCUUCUACGCCGGAAAACCGAUUUUCGAGAAAGCAAUUCCAGGUUGGAUGAAAGGGACAGCAAGGAAGGCGAGUCUGCCUCUCCUUUCAACUCGCUGAAGCGCAGUUCCACCAAUCCUUUGAGUGCUGGGCUGAGUGGACCAAGCUCCCCGUGGGCGUCUGCGUCGCAGAGUGCCAAUUUCUCCCCCAUGGGAGCGUUUGGUGCUUUCUCGUUGGGCCCAACACAAUCAGCUCAGACCCCCACCACCGAAAAGAAAGGAUAUGGUAGUAUGCGCGGUGAAAGUCGUUUGAAGGGCCUAUUCUCCAAGGACAGUUCGGAAGACAUUGGUGCAUCUGUUAGAGAGAAACCGUCACUCAACAGCUUGGAACGUCUGCCAGAAACUGAAGGCGACAACGGUGCGCAGUCGCCUUGGGGGGAGACUCUCAAAACUCGCGCCGGCCGAAGCGAGACGAACCCGUUCUCCGAUGAGCCUCGCAGUGGAAGUGCAGCGUUGGGUGGAUCGCAGGAUCUGGAACCAGCCUCACAGGCUGAUCCGCUGGGCUUUUCGGCUUUCGGAAUGACUUCAAGCAUCCCCGGUUUCCGAGAACUGAUGCAGAGCCACGAGAACUCUCGUAACCCGACACCCAGUCUUUUGCAAGGCCACGAACCGAGUAGCCCGACCAAUACGAACCCAUAUCAGAGUCCUCACGGCGAUCGUCGAGGAGACGUGGAGGAUGUUGAGACGGAUGGAUCUGAUAUCCAGGCUUCUCAGCACCCUGGUGUCGGUGGGUUUCGUGAUGCGUCGAAUCCGUUUGGCUCCAUCCGUCGGGUCGGUUCGGGGAUUGACCUGCCUUCGAUUGACCGCAGCCAGACAUCCAGUGUGACGGGUAACCGAAACUUCUCUAACCUAGGUGGCCUGGGUGGUCUUCCUACUCUGGGAGGCGCUGCCUCCGGAUGGCCCCCUAACCCGGCAGUUGGGACACCUACCAGGGAGCGAUCUGCCUUUUCAAGCGGCUUUGGUGACCCUAUUUUCGGUUCGAUGGGCGGUGAGCUUCAAUCUCCAAGCCUAUCGACCUUGGGAGGCAGUGGUCUCUUUAGCCCGCACGCUGGAAUCUCCGGUACAAACAGUCUAGGCCGCUCCAGCAAGCUGGGAUCCUUGUUCCCUGCGGCGAUGCAGGAGCAGAUGCAGGGUGACCGGGGAGAGGAUGGCCAGCAAGCCGAUAAGGCCGGUCAAACCAACAUGCCCACAAGCACCUCGGCUUCCCAGACCCCGGUCUCUGCUGUUGGUUCGAUUCCGAUGGCAUCCCAAGAAGUGCCUCAGCCAAGCCAGACUCCCGGGCAAUCGGCAAGCAACCCCAGCUCGGUUCCUCCAGCUCAGCAGCGGACCAUGGUCAUGCCCGAUCGUAUGCGAUGGAUUUACCGUGACCCUCAGGGCAACAUUCAGGGUCCUUGGACCGGUUUGGAGAUGCACGACUGGUUCAAGGCUGGCUUCUUCAGCCCCGACUUACAGAUCAAGAAGCUUGAAGACCCGGAAUUCGAGCCGUUGGCGCAGCUGGUACGUCGCAUUGGGAACUCGCGCGAACCGUUCCUGGUGCCCCAGAUUGGCAUUCCUCACGGACCCGACCCCAAUGCUACUCCGUGGGCCGCCCCAACCGGCACUGCUCAACCACCUUUUCCCGGCAGUUUCCCAAGCUUUGGCACUACUUUGACCGCUGAACAGCAGAAUGCUUUGGAACGCAGGAAGCAGGAAGAGCAGUAUCUUAUGGCCCGGCAGAAGGAGCAUCUCGCGCAGCAGCAGGCCUUAAUGAAACAGAUGCAGCUGCAAGGCCUCCCACCUGGCGUACCUCAGCCACUUCAACAUCACUCAAGUGCUCACAGCCUUCACAGCCAGCCGAGUCUCGGAAGUCUCACUUCGCCAGUCGGCUUCCAGCCGUCGCCUAUCCAGGCUCCUCUGCAGCAACAACCUCAGAAUGCCCCCGGGUUUUUUGGGAACAUCUUGCCCAACCUUGGCCCGCAAAUGCUUGGCACUGACUUGAUCAGCAACCAGGAUCAGCUCCCGGCUCUUCUGGACCGAUUAAACGUGAGCCGUCCCGAUCCGUUUGCGUUUGGAAGUCCAGCAUUUGCCGCACGCCAGCCAGAGAACUUGUUGCACCAGCAGCAAGUUGCAAGCAUGCUUCAAGACCGGGCCCAGUUACAACAGGAACAGGAACAAUUUGACAAUGCGCAGGGUGACAGCUUGUUUGACCAGCAGGCUCGCGAAGAGCGACUCCGCCAGUUCCAUGCUCUGAGAUCGCAGGAGGGUGAAUGGACUGCGGAAGGCCUUCCUACGCACCCCACCUCUCAGCAGAACGAGCCUGGGCAGGAGGAGUCCUCGGAGGAAGUUGCUCCCGAGGCCAAUGAGGCUACAACUACGACCACGACUACCACGACUACCACGACUACCCAGGAGCCUCUCACGCUUUCUCAGCAGGUCCAGAAGGCUGCGUCUGCCCAGAAACAACAGCUUGAAGAAGAGCAAAAGAUGCAGGAAGAGGAAGAGCAGAGCCAGCAUGAGCAGGAAGAACAACAGGCUCCUCGUGAAUCCGUAUGGAACAAAAAUGACAACGGCUUGCCCCGUCCAUUCCCUCCCCCUCCGUCUGCCUCGCCUCUCCCGGCCCCUGCUGCUCAGCGUAACCGCCAGAAUGUUGCUGAGUCUCUCGCUGCCAACUCGCGUUCUCAGACCCAGACCCCCGUUGAGCCCCCGACUACUUCCAUUGCGCCAUGGGCUAAGGAUGCCAACGAGUUACCCAAGGGUCCUUCUCUGAAGGAGAUCCAGGAGGCCGAGGCUCGCAGUGCUGCCCAGAAAGAAGAGAUGGCCGCUGCCGCGCGUCGCGCUCAACUGCUCGCGGAGCAAGAACGUAUUAGCCAGGCGGCCCAGGCUCAAAGUCCCGGCUUGCCGUCGACUGCCAACUGGGCCAGUGCCGGAUCCCCUGCAACCCCGACAUCGACUACUUCUGUUUGGAACAACAAGGGCCAGACUGCUCCUACUGGUGCCAAGAAGACACUCGCUCAGAUCCAGAAGGAAGAGGAAGCCCGUAAGCAGCGCAUGGCCAACGCUGCCGCUACCGCUGCCGCGCAGACUGCAGCUGCCAGUCCUCCCGCUGCAGCCAGUGCUGGGAAGCGAUAUGCUGAUCUCGCGAGCAAGACCCCGGCUCCUGUUCAGACGGUCUCCUCGGGCACUAGUGCAUGGACCACAGUCGGUGCUGGUGGCAAGGUCAAGGCACCACCUACUCCGGUGGCCCCUGCAGCAGCCAGUCCUGUGGCGGCGAAGCCCAAGCCAGCUGUCGUACCGUCUCCUCGGCCCAUUAGCGUAAACACUGUUCCUACUACUAUCUCUCCUCCAAACCCGAACCGUGCUUUGGAGGAAUUCACUAAGUGGGCUAAAUUGACUCUGGGCAAGGGACUAAACAGCAACAUCAAUGUCGACGACUUUGUUCAGCAAUUGCUGUUCUUGCCCGCUGAGGCGGAGAUUAUCUCGGACUCGGUUUACGCCAACUCUCCUACUUUGGACGGCCGUCGUUUCGCUGAAGAAUUCAUCCGUCGUCGCAAGCUUGCGGACAAGGGUAUUGUCGACCCCGUGUCGGCGAGUGCCUACGCGGACCAGAAGAACGGAGGUGGCUGGAGCGAGGUGGCUAAAAAAGGAUCAUCAUCAUCAUCCUCGCAUGUAAACAAGGAGGAGGAGAGUGCUAGCGCGGCGUUUAAGGUGGUUGCUCCUCGCAAGAAGGGCAAGAGGUAAAAGUGUCAUAACAGGAUUGAACAGAAGUUAUGUCGGACAGAUCUGUGAAUAUCGUGAUAUCUCACUUGAGCUAGUGUCAACAUAGUUGUACUUGGUCAUGUCAUUAUCAGUGUAGUCUGUAUACAUUCUAGUAGUUCUCUAUAAACGCUCUGUAUAAAUGAGGCUUAACUUAAUGGG